AAGAGAGAGAGAGAGAGAGGAAGGAAGGAAGGAAACAAACCGGAAGCAGCAACAGUAGUAGUUUCUGACUGAACACUAAAGAAUCUUUGCUGAUCACAGUCAUGGAGCGAGGUUUGCCAGAAGACGAUUAUGAUUAUGGUUGGGAUGAUUGUGAUUAUAGUUGUGGCGAUCAUUGCGUUGACGCACGCCUAGGACGGCUGACCGCAGAAGAUGACGGAGCAUUUUAUAUUGAACUGGAGGGUGAAGCUAUUGAAGAGAUUGAACAGUUGACGCUUGGUUCCCGGGACAUGAACAAGGCACUCUGUGCCUUCCCAUCAAUGAGUGUCGAUGAUAAGAUUCUACAGUUUCAUCUACUUCUCACAGCUAUAAUGAAAAAGGACUUGAUGUGCCAGAUAGGUCAAGUGCAGUACCUCCUCAUGUUACACUACUUUGUUACGACACUCUGCGUCAGAAGCAGUGAACAGGAUCUGCUUGAAGCCACGAUGCAAAUUAGAACAAUUGAAAAAAUAGCUAAGACGAAGCCUGAAUGCCAGAGUUUGUUGUAUGUGGCCUAUCAAGUUGCAGGCUAUAUGAGCUACAAACAAAAUAGGUUUGAUUGUGCCAUACAAUUGUUUAACAAAUCUAAGGAAGAAUUUGAAAAAAAAACCCCAACCAUAGAAUGGACCGAUGUGGUACUAAAAGCAGAAGUCAUUAAACCUGAGAAUUUUAAAGCGGAAACAAAUAAAUACAUUGAGAAGUGCACUGAUCAUCCUGGUCCUAUAGCAAGAUGCCAAUAUUCAUAUUGUGAGGGAUACUACAAGAGGGAAAUCUAUCCAUCUGACCCCGACUACAGGGGCUAUGUCAAGCUUUUCUGUGACAAAAAUUGUAAAAUGCAAUAUCAUACCACCUGUUGGAAACAGUUCAAGCAGCAUGAAUACGGUGGGCAACCGAAUGUGUAUUUCUGUUCAACGCAAACUGUUUGUAGUGGUAGUGGUUGUGAAGGUUUCAUCGUAAAGCUUAUCAUUCAGAAAAGUGGGAAUGUCCCGUGUAAAGUGAUUGAAGUGGCGGGUCCAGAUGUGCCGCCACAACCUCCAGCUGUGAGGAGUGAACCGAUGGAAUCCGGUGAAGACCAAGAGGGAUCCAGUGAACGCCAAGAGCCGACGACCGUUGAGAUGGCAAAGGAAGAAAUCCAUCCACCAGUCAAAUGUCGCCUAUUUCAAGAAAUUACUCGGAACAGGAAGUUGAUUGAAAACGCAAUGGGUGAUAUAGGGGACUUAUCUGAACUGUUGAUUGAGUAUAACAUGAAGGACUUUGCCAAGGGGAUUUCUACUGAAGUGAUUGUGGACCAUGUUCUGGAGUGGAACUGCAAUUUUAAGAUGCGUCACUUCCUAAGCCUGUUCAUGGAACUGAAUCCUUCUCAUCACUCCGAACUUUUGAAAUGGUUGAUGUACAUCUUGGAAUUGAGUGAUCAGUGUAGUUUAUACUUCUUAUUUGGUUACAAAAGAAACAUAACUCAAAUCCUUAAUGGAGCAGGAGACCUCACCGUCAACUUGGCGAAGAAGCUGCUUUCAAGGAAAGCCGUAAGUCCAGAGGAGUUCAAGGUAUUACUUGCCAUUCCGCCUGACCAAAGACCAGAGACGUUAAUACAGCAAAUGAGCACCAACAAGGUGCUGAGACAGGUUGGAGAGCUGGUGUUUCUUCUGGCUGAAGAGCAAGAUGUGAUUCCCGAACUGAAGCUUUUAUUUCAGGAGUUUGACCAGGAGUUUGACAAGUUCAACAAAGACAGUAUUCCUAAUUUUGGAAAUGCUUCCCCCAUGGAUUCAUUUUGCACGGACAUGGAUUAUUCGUUGUUCUACCGUCUUCUUCAUCUGAUCAUCAUAAAGGGCACUGAGGUCCUCCUGCAGAUAUUCGAUCGGGCAGUACCACCUCAGGCACUGAAGAGGGAACUGCUGAAAAAUAAACGUCUUUUAGAGCCUUACCAUAAGGUUGGUUCCAAGACCACGGUGGAUGCCGGUGAUUGGGGUUUACUGUACCCCCCCAACAAUGAGCAGCCCUCCUCACAUACCUUUGACAUCACGUUGCUGGCAUCGCUCAUGAGACACUUGAAGGUCCUUCCUGCACCACGGAGAGGCUGGGCCAACGAGCUGUCGCCCAAUGACCACAGCAGAGGUGCCGCCUUGUUGCACCUCUGCCGCAUGCGGAGUAGACUGCUCUUCGAAACUCUCAACACCGGCAUCAAAGAGUCCGAGUUUGCCGUCAUGUGGGACAGGAUCACAGAGAUCUUGAUGGACCUGGGGGCAGAUAAAGACGAGCUGCAAGAUCUGAAGAGUUUUCCCAUCGAAGGCCUGUGGGAGGAUCAUCACCGACUGGCUGGUUACCUGGGCAGACCGGUGGCUGACGUAAUGCAUCUGCUCCUGUCGCUUGUUCAGCAAGGAAUGACCACACAAUCAACAGAGGCGACUGCACCACCAACUAGCACUGUUUUAUCCGCACUUCCUCCUCCACCUGACAUAAAAGAAAAAGUAAAUUACUCGGGGAGUCCAGUAGACGAUGAUCACUCAAUGGUGUUAAUAACCAAAACAAAGUCAAAGAAGAAAAAGAAAAGGUCUAAAAGUAAAAAGGCUAUAGUGCAGGAGGAUGAUCAUCACACAACACAAGCCGCUGGUUCUACUGAGCAUGAGGCCCUAUCGACCCCUGUGCAGGAAGACCAAGCCAUUCAGGUGGCAAGCAGCGCCUGUCACGUGGCUACAUCGGGAGUGGUUCCCAUCGACUCCUCGCUCUUGCCUCUGCCCACCGCGACCCAUCCCACUGCUCCCUCUUUGACCAGUGAGGGGGUUAACCACACCUACCACAGUGAUGGCGAGCAGGAUGGUGUUCCCACGCACAACAACAAGCCCAAUGCGGAUGGGGAUUUAUUCCCACAGGAAGCCAUUGCCAAAUCACAGGGCGACGUUGGGCAAAACAGCAAAGGAGAUUCCAAAAUCAAACAAAAAUUGAAUGAUCUAGAAACUGAAAACAAUGAUCUUAAGAAAAACUUGGAGUAUUUGAUGAUUCAGUACAAGAAAGAGCAAGAGCAAAGAAUGUUUACGGAGAGGCUGUGUACUCAGGUCCAAGAAUAUCAACAGCUGGAAAUGUCUCGAUUAAAGCAACAACUUCAACGGAAAGAAGAGGAAAUAAAGAAAAUCAAUGUACAGUUUGCAACUGAAAGGUCCCUGUGGAACAAGGAUAAAGCCAGGCUGGAAGACGUGUCUGCAAAAAACAUUGUCAAGUUGGUGGAGGCAAACAAGCGUGCGGUGGCUGCUGAGGUGCUGUUUCAGGAGAGUCUGCGGGACAACGGCCUCUUCCAACUGCGGCAGGCAGAGCGGGAUUGUGCUGGACAGCUCAGGGCAGCAGAGGCCAACAUGGCCGGGAAUCCCACUUCAGCUUCUGCCUGUGCAAGCGUUGAAGGAUGGCAAGCAAUUGUGGCUGAUAUCAGAAACAAGAUAGAUUUUACAAAGAGCCAGUUUGAUGAGCAGAUAGGUUGGUUGAAGAAUGGGACUAAGCUGAACAUGCUUCCACAAGUAAUGAUCCCACCACCACCUCCCCAUCCUGAUGCAGUGAUGAAGCACUUCCUGGAACAACAUUUACAAACCAAAGCCAACUAUCUUCGGGCUGGGUCUGGACAGACCGACUCUGGUAAUGGAAGGCCCACCAUUGUGGCAGGACAGCCUGAGGCCUCUACAUCCGGACAGGAACAGAUUGAAGCAAGCACCCCAGUAUCCAAGCCUGCAGCACCCUGGCACACUGGAGGAGCGGCUCAGGUCGUGGCCGCAGCCGGAGGGAGCCGUGCCAAGAACAGCUUUGAAAGGAUCAUGGAGAAGCUGUCGACAUCCUACCCACAAUUUACUCGAAACGUAUUAACCGAAUAUCUGAAGGAGGUACGACAGUCCAAUGGGGGAUCCCUCUCCGGACUAUCCUACGAUGAAAUUAUACAUCGAGUCGCAUGCUUAGUGGAAUCCAGACUCCCAGAGAGCAAUAACAGAGGAGAGAAUAAAUCGCCUCAGACGUCAGUGUGGCGUACAUCUAAACAAGGAUUUCAACCCUGGGAAGGAGCCACAGCCCUGAGUGAAGAUCCCUGUGUCAUCUGCCAUGAGGACCUUACAGCAGAAGCCAUGCUGUGUUUACCGUGUGCCCACAAGUUCCAUGCCCAGUGCAUUGGCCCGUGGCUGAAUGAACAGAGAACCUGCCCGACCUGCAGACUGCACGUUGUGCUACCACAAGAGUUCCCACACCUUCCCAGCAGAAAGAUGGCUCCACUGUGAGGGAGCCGAGAGUCCGAUACGCUGGAUCGUCCAGGCCACGGGCUGGGCUCACCUUCUGCUCCCCGACUUCACCAUGUGGCAAACGUCUAACGUGAAACAGGCACAGACCUGCAACGCUGUCCAGCGGUGAGGAGGUCGUGCCAGAGUUAUACCUGGGAAAGCCAGCCACAAGGGGCACAGCUUGGCUUACAGCUGGGGUCCACGGGUGCUGGAGGAGAGAUUUGGUGGUAGGUGUUGAAGGGAUUCAGAGCUGGGCUUUAGUCUCUGAGGGGGGAUGUUCAUGCCUUUUAAGAGGAAAACAGUGUGUGUGAAAUUUAUCUUUCUCAAGUUUUUAAAAAUAUAUCCCUAGUAAUUGGAGUCGCCUCUUAAGUGCGCCUCUCUGGGCUAUUAAAUUGAUCAUAAAUUAUGAGAAUAGGUUGAUGUUGAAGUGUAUGGUGCAGAAAUCAAAGUUGUCAGAAGGGGUGGAGGGAAAAUAUUUGGGAUUUAUAUUAAAGAGUUAUUUAUAAAAA